GAGGCGCGCGAUAUGGGGAACGUAUCUUACUGCAAAAAGACUUGGAAGUAGGAGUGAAUUAAAGACACUGCCGUUGCAUUUUGGAUUUAAUUUUCCACCGACAUGUUUUCCGCGGAGCAAAACUGUUGGUUUGUACGCAAGGUGGUUUGCUGGAGAGCUGCUGCCAGCAUCGCUUGGGCUGUCCUGUUGCUGCCUCCGGUCACAGCCCUGUUCGUAGUUCUCAGCAGAGUCAGCCUCUUCCACCCCAUCGAGUGGAUCACAGAAUGCCUGUCUAUUUUGACGAGUGCCAGUACCAUGUUCUCCUUCGUUUUGUUAUGCGGAGUGGUGGUCGUGGUCGGCUUCUUCAACCUUGAGUACUACACGGUUACCCCGUCCAUUGCUUGCUCAAAAAUUGCUCUCCUGGCUCAGCUUCUCCACCCUCGGCAGUGUCUUCACGCCGUGGUCCACUGCAUCAUGGGGGUGAUAGUGGCCUGGUGUUGUGCCUUCACCAUUGGUCCCAGAUACCAGAAUCUUGCUUCCGUGUGCACUCUGGUUGAUGGUGAUCCUCAGCUGUGCCUGAAUGAAUACCACCUUGUCUUGAUCCUGUUCGGGGCCUUUGUUGGCUGUAGUCACAGUCUGUUUGGUGUCAUGCACAACAUGAACUAUGUGCCCUUUCAUGCAGUUCAGCAAUACAAAUAUCUUCGUUUCAAGGGAAAUCUCCCAUUGGUGGUGAAAUGCAGUGCCAUUCAAUCUCUCUAUUUCACCAGGAACUUCCUUGCGGUUUACUUCUUUUUGGGUUAUAUCCCUAGAUCGUGGCUCUGUGACACACUGAGUCUUCAGUCGAACAGCUCUCUGAACCCUCUGGACAGUAUAGCAGGGCUGCUGGACCUCGCCAUGCUGUACCACCUGUGGAUCAGUGGCACCUUCCUCCUCCUCACCUGGUACCUCACCGUACUGCUCUUCAGGGUGUUUGUCACUGAGGUGUACAACUUUCCCGUGCAAUCGGUGUUCACUGAGCAAGCCGAUCGGUGUCUUCCCAAAGUGCUCCCUGGCCAGCAGCCCAUGGUACUGAAGUUUCUAGCUCUGCAGGACUUGGCUCUGCUCUCUCAGCAUUCCCCCUCACGGCGGGCCCAGGUCUUCAGCCUCAGCCAGCCAGGUGGUCACCCGCACAACUGGAACGCCCUCAGCAGCGAGUGUCUGUCGCUCCUGGCCGACCUCACCCAGAGGCUGGUGGCCCACCACGAGACCGUGGCCAUCAACGGGCGGGCCAAGCUGCAUUCAGCCGGCAGCGACAAGAAGUCGGUGUCCAGUGAUAGCUCGGGCCUCUCGGCCACCCAGGACAUCAGCACCCCCAGGUCGGCCUUCCUGCGCCCCGCCGGGGCCGCCGCCCCCAUGAGCCCCAACACCGGCCCCUUCACCUCAGACCUGGACAGCCCCUUCUCCUCCCGGGCCCUCCGCCGCCUGGCCCCCCACCUGGUGCCCAACUCCCCCUGGAGCGAGACGGUGCAGAGCCCCCACCUGUUGAGGCGGGGCCCCCAACUCUGGUCGGCCACCACAGAUACUGGGACCAGUGGCAGUCUGUCUCCAUCCCCUACCUCAGCGCCCUGCCCGCACCCGGCUGAGCCCAAACCCAGCCCCGUGACACAGUUCCUCCGCAACCGAAAGGAACAGGUGAAACACUUCCUGGGGCGGCGUGUGCUGGUCAUGUAUUUGUUCAACAAGCUCCCAGAAGCCUCUAGUCAGGCCCUCUUUGCAGACAGCCAGUCACACAUCUGGGCCCUGGAAGGGCUGUCUCACCUUGUGGCAGCCUCCUUCACUGAAGACAAGUUUGGCGUGGUCCAGACUACGUUACCCAGCAUUCUCGGUAGCAUGCUAGUCCUACAAGAGGCGGUGGACCGCCACUUCAAGCUGCCCCACGCCUCCAGCAAGCCCCUCCGUUCGGCCUGUAGCAUGGGCGACUGCACCUCAAAGACGCUGCGCUUCGCUCUCAGGGCCACCCUCAAGACCGCCAUCUACAGGAUAACCACCACCUUCGGGCAUCACUUGAAUGCCAUCAAGAUGUCCGCCGAACACCGGAAAAGAUUGCAGCAGUUCCUGGAGUACAAGGAGUGAGACCCGGACGCGCACGGUGGCUUUUGGAUUAAGACUCCAAAUGAGACUGACUUGGCUCUGUGUGUGUGCAGACACCCGUGUGGCUUGAGCUUUGUGACCCUACAACAGUACCUCUUUUUGAUAUUUCUGACUGCGCCUCGUCAUUUCAAUCCUAUCCGCUGUGGGUCGCCUCGUGUCUUAACAUGCAAUGGGGAGAAUGGCACCUCCUAGUGCACAGCAACGGUACUGCAAUGACACGCCUCGAAGAUCAUCCUGAAAGGGCUUUAUUUAUACAACACCUGUGAACCAGCCUUGGUGUUUUUCUUUGUUUUUCUGGCUUGGAUUGGAGUUGCCACUAUCAGAAAUGAGAAGGUGUUCCCUCUGCCUUUGACUCUGGAGGAUUCGUCCUCAGUUGAAUCAUGUACAAUUUGUGAUUUCAUUUCCUUCUCCACACAUUCAUCCUUUUAAUUCGUUUGGAACAAAGGCGGGUUUGUUGUCGACAAAUAAAGUAGAAUCUUGUUUUAGUAGUUCAAGCAAUGUCGAAAGACGCCACUCGUUCUGUGUGAUCUUCAGGGUCUCCGUUACAUCUUUUCGCUCUCCAAAUCAAAAGUUAGCCCCUCCAGUUUGAUAAUACUGUUACUUGGCGUUGAGUUUUUAUGCCCACAAAGGUAAACACUAGGGAAAUAAAAUUAUCCAGAUGUUUCCUUAUCUCUGCAUGGCAAUCUGUUAACUUCAAGGAUCAUAUACUGUAUAUUUGUACAAAGACUACAGCAGUUCAAGAUGACGUGUUUGAUUAAACACUUUUGGCUCAAUGACCCAGUUUGUUAUCUAUUCCUGCCUCCAUUGUUAGACUGAUCGACCAAUGUUUUAUACAGGCAUUAAAUAGCCAUUGCAGAGCCAAGGAAAAUGAGAAGUCCAAUGAAAAUUUAGAUCCAGAGACCCACUUUUAACAUUUACUAUUAGUAUGACACACGGUUUACAAUAGCCUCCAUAGAUCGUUCUGUCAGCAAAUCUCGAUGUAAUGUUUGACACGUGUAAAAAGCACCAUCAAUUCAUUAGUUAUUUUGAUUUCAUUAGUCUUUCGAAAGUAAAUCCUCAAACAGUUGCAAUGAAAAAACACUUACAUUUCACACAAUGAGGAAGCAUAAAAAAAUGCAGAGAAGGACCACUGUCUUUUUGUUUAUUGCACAAAUCGUACAUUAUUUUUUUUUCAAAACCAAACUGGCAGAACGCAAGAUUAGGCAGUGAUGGGAAGAAACUUGUUCAAGAGCCUAAAUAUGUAUACAAGAACAAAACAAAUACAGCCAGCAGGAUCAUCUGAAUAUGAUUUUGUUUUAUAUACCAACAGCUUAAGAUCUAAAAAAGAUACAUUGGUUCCUAAACAAAGGGAACCAAAACUAUUUGGAAAGUCAAACUGUGUGCUCCAACUGCACAAUACAGACGAACGCGUGCUGUAAAAGGAAAAAUAAAAAUGUCUCGUUCCUCUUUCGAUUUUCAAAAUUACUUUGCUCUCAUAUAGAAUAUAAAUCUCUGCAUUAAUACCAAUCAAAUUUUUUUGACAUCUUGUGUUUUUUUUUAUAUUCAGGAAGUCAAACUUUUUUUGUAUUCUUUUUUACAGUUUUAUCAUAUAUGUAUAUAUGUACAUAGAAAUUCAACUAUACUAGACUUAGUAUAGAAAAUGACUAAAGCUGGACUUAA